AUGGAGAGGAUGAUGCAACAAAUUUCUGCAGUGAUUGUUCCAUUGCAUGAACGCAAUAUGGAGCACGCAAAUGCUAUGUACCAGAAUCAGCAAAGGCCGAGAUACGAUCUGUACUCCAACACAUACAAUCCGGGUUGGCGAGAUCAUCCAAAUUUCAGCUACGCCAACAAGCAAGCUGCAGCAAAUCCUACUUUCAAUCAACAAGGAGGCUACCAAUUCAUGCAAAGACCACAUCAAGAAUCUCAAGGAACAAGUGCGGAUGACAAGUUUACUCUUUUGAUGCAAGGAUCUGGAAAACUUCCUUCUCAACCCUUGAACCAUAAUGAGAAUGUCAAUGCUAUUGAGAUAAGAAGUGGGAAGCAAGUUAAGCAACCGACAACAUCACCGGAUGCUAAUGGGCCUGUUUUAGACCAAGAAGUGGAUGAAACAGCCCCUAACAAGGCUGAGAUUUAUGAGAUCUCCAAGAACAUUCAAGUGAAUAUACCACUCCUUGAAGCGAUAAGGCAAGUUCCUCGCUACGCAAAAUUUUUGAAGGAAUUGUGCACUAACAAGCACAAAUUGGUCGGUAAUGAAGUUAUGUAUGUGGGUGAGAAUGCUUCCGCGUACCUUCAAAAGAAACUUCCACCAAAAUUGAAGGAUCCCGGUAGUUUCACUAUACCAUGUACAAUUGGUACAACCAGGUUUGAUCGUGCUUUACUAGACUUAGGUGCAACUAUUAAUGUUAUGCCGGCCUCAAUAUAUGAAUCAUUAGAUCUAGGUCCUCUCAAGGAUACCGAUAUUAUUAUUCAACUUGCUGAUAGGUCCACCACUUACCCGAAACGGGUUGUGGAAGAUGUUUUGGUGCAGGUUAACAAGCUGAUUUUUCCUGCAGAUUUUUAUGUUCUAGAUAUGAGGGAUGAAGAUUCACCCUCGUCUACACCUUUGCUGUUGGGUAGACCUUUCAUGAGAACUGCUAGAACUAAAAUUGAUGUUUUUAAAGGCACCAUAACUAUGAAAUUUGAUGGUGAACCCAUAAGUUUCAACAUCUUUGAGGCUAUGAGAUACCCGAGUGACGUACAUUCUUGUUUUUUAGUUGAUGUGGUUGAUUCUUUGGCUCAACAGAUGUUCGAGUUAGAUGGCGAUGAUGCAUUAGAGAAAGCCCUAACGAAGAGUUUAGAUUGUGCAAAUCAUAAUGACAUGAAAAGUGAUAUUGAAAUGUGUGAUGAGCUUAAAGAAGUCAUUUGCUCUCUUGCUGCAUUACAAGAAUUUUCACCUAGAAAUGAUGUUUCUUAUAUUUCCUUACCUUGUACUAAUGAGAAACUCUUGCCGUCGAUUUUGCAGGCACCUGUCCUUGAAUUGAAACCUCUUCCAUAUCACCUCAAGUAUGUCUAUUUAGGUGAUAAGGAAGAGUUACCGGUGAUUAUUGCUAAAAACCUUACCAAGGUGCAAGAAGAGAAUCUUAUUCGUGUGCUAAGAGAGUACAAGUCUGCCAUUGGGUGGACCAUUGCAGAUAUCAAGGGAAUCAGCCCUUCCAUGUGUAUGCACCGAAUACUUCUUGAGGAGGGGGCAAAACCAACAAGAGAAGCUCAACGUCGCUUGCACCCUCCGAUGAUGGAAGUGGUCAAGAAAGAAAUCCUGAAGUUAUUGGAUGUAGGGUUAUCUAUCCCAUAUCCGAUAACACAUGGGUAA